GCCUUUCAUUCCUACAUCCAACCACGCAUUAUAAUUUAUAAAUGCAAUCGCCCACGGCUUUGAGUGAACGUACACCCUCAAAAAAGAAAAACAAUCUUGAGAUAUUCUUGGCUUCAAAGCAUCCUUGUGACAUCCACCUCCUCAUUUGGAUCCCUAACUUAGCUAGCUACCUACCUCUCCCUCCCUCACUCAUCUACGUUACUCCUCUACGAUUCAUACCGCCACCCCUGCCAUAAAACACUACCCUGCCUUUCAUUUUAAUUACCAACUAAAAGUAAGCACGCAGCCAGCCAUGCCUAAUCAGAAUGCCUUUCUCCGGCGACUCUUUUGGCUGAAAUGCUUCUUCUUACUGGUUAUCUGUCAGGCCGUUUGCAGCCCUCCCGGGGACCCCAUCACGUGCACCUCCGCAAACAGGAACUGCACCAUCAGCAACUCCUACGGCGUCUUCCCCGACCGCGCCGUGUGCCGCGCGGCCAACGUGGUGUACCCCACAACGGAGGAAGAACUAGUCGCGGCGGUGGCGGAGGCGACAGCCGGGCGAAGGAAGAUGAAGGCGGUGACGCGGUUCUCUCAUACCAUUCCGAAGCUGGUGUGCCCCGACGGCCAGGACGGGGUUCUCAUCAGCACCAAGUAUCUGAACCGAACGCUGGAGGUGGAUGCUUCGGCGAUGACGAUGAAGGUGGAGAGUGGGGUUAGCCUGAGGCAAGUGAUCGGGGAGGCGGCGAGGGCAGGGCUGGCGCUGCCCUACGCGCCGUACUGGUGGGGGUUGACGGUGGGGGGAAUGCUGGGGACGGGGGCGCAUGGGAGCUCGCUCUGGGGGAAUGGAAGCUCUGUUCACGACCACGUAGUGGAAAUUAGGAUAGUAAGCCCGGGGGCAGCUCCAGAGGGAUAUGCUAAGGUGCGAACGCUUGACAACACGGAUCCGGAUUUUAAUGCUGCUAAGGUCUCGCUUGGAGUUCUUGGGGUCAUUUCACAGAUAACUUUAAAGCUAGAACCAAUGUUCAAGCGAUCGAUCACCUAUGUGACCAAGAAUGACUCAGAUUUGGGAGAUCAAGUGGUUGCAUUCGGCAAACAACAUGAGUUUGCAGAUAUAACAUGGUACCCCAGUCAGCAGAAGGCACUUUAUCGAGUUGACGAUCGCGUCUCCUCAAACAUCUCCGGUAAUGGUCUAAAUGACUUUAUUGGAUUCCGCUCAACACUCUCGCUCACACUAGCGGUUAUAAGAACAACAGAGGAGCUUCAAGAGUCCACAGGCGACACUAAUGGAAAGUGCAACAGCGGAAAUGUAGUAACGUCAACUCUCGCGAUCAAAGCUAAUGGGCUAACAAAUAAUGGCAUUGUAUUCACGGGGUAUCCCGUCAUCGGAUACCAGAACCGGCUGCAGGCGUCGGGAACAUGCCUGGACAGCCUCGAGGAUCUGCAUGCGACGGCGUGCGCAUGGGAUCCCCGCGUAAAGGGCGAAUUCUUCCACCAGACCACCUUCAGCAUCGGGCUGUCCGCCGCCAAGAGCCUCAUCCGCGACGUGCAGAUGCUGGUCAACCUCCAGCCCAAGGCGCUGUGCGGCCUGGAACUCUACAACGGCAUCCUCAUGCGCUACGUCAAGGCAUCCGCCGCCUACCUGGGAAAGCAGGAAGACGCGCUGGACUUUGACAUCACCUACUACAGGAGCAAAGACCCAUUGCAGCCCAGGCUUUACGAGGACGUGCUGGAGGAGGUGGAGCAGCUGGCGCUCUUCAAGUACGGCGCGCUGCCGCACUGGGGCAAGAAUCGGAACCUGGCCUUCGACGGAGCCAUCAGGAAGUAUAAGAACGCCGGGGAGUUCUUGAAAGUGAAGCAGGCUUACGAUCCGCUGGGGUUGUUUUCAAGCGAGUGGACGGACCAGGUUCUGGGGCUGAAGGGCGGGGUGAGCAUUGUGCGAGAUGGGUGCGCGCUGGAGGGGCUGUGCGUGUGCUCCGAGGACGUUCAUUGCGCGCCGAAGAAGGGGUACUACUGUCGACCCGGGAAGAUUUAUAAGGAUGCCAGGGUCUGUACUCGUUUAAGUUCUCCAUAGUGGGAAGAAUUAAAAUAAAAAAAAAAAACCAUGAAAAACUAAAGCAUUGAGUGAAAAGGUUGUGCCAAUAGUAAUUAUUAACCACUGGAAUUAUUAUUUACUAAAAAUUCGACAUAUGUCGUGGGAUGCUCGCAUGCUUAUAUGUUUUCAUUUAUUUAUAUUUCUAAUUAUUAGAAAUAAAAAAUUCUUAUUUUUUAAAUGUCUAAAA